UCAUCAGUACCCACUAACCACAGUUCACCGCAGCGCGCGCACAGUGUUUGUACGUUGGUCAUGCUCAACGUCCAGCUCACAGUAGUGGUUUUUUCCUUUGCUGACAAUAUCGCUACGUCGUAAUUCGUGUUGACAAUUGUUGUUGUUAUUGUUUACACGACGGUCAACGAGACACGAGCAUUUAAUAGUUAAAUAUUCAACUCAUCCAUCACCGUACACGUAYCGGUGGACUUUUUUCGUUUCGUUAGUUUCAAUUUUUUCCCCUCCCCCGACCGACUCUAGUGUGCAUCGUUUGUUUUUUCCCCCCAACGGGCAACGACUCUUCGACCGUUCGCUGUUUGCCGACAAGACCGCGUCGUGUGAAACGAAAACGGUUUCUUCGCUGCUCCCUUUGUUAGUUUGUUUAUUAUUACUUGUUACUUGGUUAGUUUUGUUCUCACCAGUACGAAACACGCGCUUUCUGAUCCGCAUUCACGAUAUUCACAACCCACGCAACCGUUACACGUAAUAUUUUAGCUAACGCAUUCCACGUCGAUAACAUGUUCAAGCCUCCGUGUGCGAUACUCUUGCUGGCCAUCGGGUCGCUGUGUCUACUGACUACUGCCGCCAGCGCCAUAGACGCCGGAAACGGCGAUUAUCAUUCGUUGGAGCUGGACGAGAACAACUGGACGAAUGUGUUGACCAACGAGUGGAUGGUGUUGUUCUAUGCACCUUGGUGCCCUGCUUGUAAGUCACUUGAACCAGAAUGGAGAGAAUUUGCAAAAUGGAGUAAAAGUCAUUCAUCCAUUUCAGUUGCUAGCACAGAUAUUACAAUAUCACCAGGACUUACCGGACGUUUUAUUGUUACAACUUUACCUACUAUUUUUCAUGUUAAGGAUGGUGUAUUCAGACAUUAUAAAAUGGGCCGUGAUAAGGAUUCAAUGAUAUCGUUUAUAAAAGAGAAAAAAUGGGAACAAAUAGAUUCGAUUUCAUCAUGGAAAUCUCCUAAUUCAAUCCAAAUGUCUCUAGUUGCUCAAUUCUUUAAACUCUCACAAAAAGUUAGGGUUUUACAUUCAACUUUGAUGGCUGAGUAUGGACUUCCAACUUGGGGAUCAUACUUGAUAUUUGCAAUAGUAACCAUACUUUUUGGUGCCGUGCUAGGUUUAGUAUUGGUCUGCAUUAUUGAUUUAGUUUAUCCUCCAAGCCACCAUAAAAUGCCAGUUAAAGAUGGAAAAGAUGAAAACAGCGAUAGUGGUCAAGAAUCGGAUGACGAUGAACUUGUUAGAGACGAAUUGUUGGAUGAUCAAGCUAACAAUGAGCCAACUGAAAGUGAACCUUUAGUGAGGAAUAGACGCAAAAUACGUAAAACUGACUGAUAACUUUUAUUAAGCUAAGGCAUAACUAUUUCUUCAUUAUAAUUCCAAUUAAUAUAAUUUAUACCAAUUAAUGUAUUAUAGUUUUUUUUUAAAUAUAAAGCAUUAUAUUGAUAUUAUUA